UUCCUCAGGAAUAAAAUUCUCCCCCGGAACAAGAAAAGGAGAAGAAUCUCUCUCUUUCGCCAUUGAUUUCCUGGAGCGCACUGGGGCUCGUUAGGAUGACGCAGCGCUUGGGACGGAAGCCAGUCCGUCGGUGGACAAGUUUGCGCAUUUGAUCGAACCCUUUAUGCACUCGCUCUCCCUCUCUCUCUCGCGCUCUCGCGAGGCUCUCUCUGGUUUUUCCUACGACUGACGAUGGUGUUGUUUGUCGUAAAGUGUUGUUGUGGUCGGAUCGAGUGACUGCCCACUGUUCGUAUCCAUCUCUGUGCUGUUUCUUUCUCCUUUAUGGUUGUUGCUGGUAAUCAUCUCUGUGUACUCUUGCCGUGCCAACAUGCGAUAAGCAAGCAGAGAAUUGUCGACUUGGCUGAUCUUGAUGUCCCCCUGUUGUGUUGUGUUACCGCUUUCUGAAACCCGAUUUUGAUGUGCCGAUGACACUGAGACCUUGCUUGCUUUACCUUGGAAUGUGGCAUGGUAUGUAAACCCGUUCAUCAUCAUGGACUAAAAUCACCCAGAGAAUUGGAUUCCCCUAAAAAUGCGGAAUUUGAAUAUUCGGGUAGAGCUGAUAUGGCGAUUCUGGGGAAAAAGAAUUAGCUUGUGAAUUCAACCCACUCGUGAAGUGGUGAGCUUCGUUCAUCGUCUUUAAAACCCCCACCCCCGCCGCAAGCUCGGCCAAGAGCCAUUGUCGGAAUCGUUAAGCACGUUAGACAUGACAAGCACCGAGCAUCCAAAGAGAAGAGUGGCAUUCGUGCUGAUUGAUGGUGUGGGCGAUGUGUCUCUGCCGAGGUUUGGGUACAAGACUCCUCUCCAAGCAGCUAAAGUGCCUCAUUUGGAUGCCAUUGCAUCUGCCGGUGUGAAUGGUCUCAUGGACCCUGUCGAAGUAGGAUUGGGUUGCGGAAGCGAUACUGCUCAUCUUUCCUUGUUGGGUUAUGACCCAAGAGUGUAUUACCGAGGCCGUGGCGCGUUUGAGUCCAUGGGUGCAGGAUUAGCUAUGUCGCCAGGUGAUAUUGCAUUUAAGUCGAAUUUUGCAACCUUGGAUGAGAAAACUGGAAUAGUCAUCAGUAGGAGGGCUGACAGACAUUUCGAAGAAGAAGGGCCCAUUCUUUGUGCCGCACUGGAUAGGAUGAAGCUCCCAUCUUUUCCUGAGUAUGAAGUCAGAGUCAGGUAUGCAACUGAGCACAGGUGUGGGGUGGUUGUAAAGGGUCCAAAGUUAAGUGGGAAUAUAUCUGGGACUGAUCCAUUAAAGGACAAUCGCUUACUUUUGCAAGUUGAGCCUUUAGAUGAUACUGAAGAAGCAAGGCAUACUGCCACUGUUGUUAAUGAGCUAUCCAAGGAAAUUUCUCGAACUCUAGUUUCUCAUCCAUUGAAUGUCAAAAGAGCGGCAGAAGGGAAAAACAUUGCAAAUCUUGUCCUGCUAAGAGGUUGUGGGAUAAGAAUCGAGGUUCUUCCAUUUGUUAAGAAACAUGGUUUGUGGCCAUGCAUGGUAGCUCCCACAAAAAUCAUAGCUGGUCUAGGCCUAUCACUUGAUAUUGAUAUCCUACAAGCUCCAGGAGCAACUGGAGAUUAUCGGACGCUUUUGACAUCCAAAGUAUCUGCAAUAGCUAAUGCACUCUCAGCUCCUUUGCAUGUUUGUCCAAAAGUUUUCGUACCAGGAGAGGACGUGGACAAACCAGGUCGACCAAGUGGCUAUGAUUUUGGUUUCCUCCAUAUUAAGGCAAUAGAUGAUGCCGGCCAUGACAAGGCAAGCGUUUUCAAAGUAAAAGGAUUGGAAUCCGUGGACCGAGCUAUUGGGCAACUAGCCAGACUACUUUGGCAAGCAGAAUCAACUGGGAAAUUUCAGUACGCCCUUUGCGUGACUGGGGAUCACUCUACACCAGUCGAAUAUGGAGAUCACAGCUUUGAACCUGUUCCAUUUGCGAUAUGUUGGUUGAAGGACUUUGUUGGUGCUGUAGGUGGUGAAUCGGUUCUUGCUGAAACUUCUCUUGAUCCCUUUCCCCUUCCUACCGUUAAGAGUGGAGAAGACUUGGAAGAAGAUGUGGCUAGGCAAAAAGAGGGAGGGAUCAAUCAAAUACGAGCCUUUAACUGUGACUCUGUCUACAAGUUCAGUGAGAUUGCGGCAGCGAGGGGAUGUCUUGGGCGUUUUCCAGGAGGAGAGAUGAUGGGGAUAGUGAAGUCAUUUCUGACACUGAAUGCUUGACUUUCAUUUUCUGAUUGAGGAAUAACAUGGCCUUCUGGGUCCGCUGUACCCACUUAAGAUAUACCGACAGGCCAAUCUGAUCUGGGGAUUCUUUUAAACAUUUAACAAAAGCCUCAUCUUCUGUUGUUUAUUGAAGAGGUAGCAAUGUGUAGAAACGUUGGUGACUUCCCAUUGUCUGAACUUUGUUUCAAUAAUAUCUGCUUUUGCCACAUUUCAA